AAUCUUCUUUCUCUCUAAUGGGUAUAAAUUUUCCAAUUUUGAUUUGAAGAAUAACCAGUGAAAAAAUGGCAGCCACCAGAUUAACACAGCUGGGUGUCUCUAACCAUUCUUCUUCUUCUUCUUGUUCAUGCUUUAACAAAUCUAAGCUUGUCCCAUUUGCCACAAGAACGAUUAGAGGCGAUAGUAGAUUAAACGGAGUUGUUGGGUUUUCCGGCGCCGGCGGAGAGAUUAAGGAGAAACAGAGGCCGCCGCCGGCGGCGGCGGCGGCGACUGAACGGAGUAUUGUAGUUGUCUCAGAUGAAGUGAAGUGGGGAUUAUCCAAUUUGAUUGAUUUGUUGGCGAAUGUGACGAAUAAAGGAAUCUUGGUAUUGAAGAAGAUGAAGAUGGUUGUUGUAAAGAGAAGAAGAAAACCAAUCAAGAAGAAGUUCCAUGUCCAGAUGUUUCUAGAAAGGGGGAUUCUGGACUGUCGUUUCUUUACCAUGUUUGCUGUUGCUGGAUCUAUGCUUGCUUCUUUCUUAUGUUUUCUGGAGGGGUGUUUCUUGAUGAUUGAAUCGUAUGUACAUAACUUCAACUCAUUAUCUCAUACAAUUGAUCAUCAAAUUCAAGGACAUGUCGUGCAUUUGCUAAUUGAAGCACUAGACAUGUUUCUGAUGGGAACGGGAAUGUUGGUUUUGGCUAUGGGACUUCAUGGGAUGUUUGUAGGAUCAAGUGGGUCGUCUUCUUCUUCGCCGAGUUGGGCGGGUAUGAAGACGGUUGAAGAAGCUAAGGCAAGGAUUGGACAUGCUUUGAUGUUGAUGCUUCAAGUGGGAUUGAUCGAUAAGUUCAACAACAUACCGUUGAUAACUGGAAUGGAUUUGGCUUUCUUUGCUGCUGCUGUUUUUCUCUCUUCGGCUUCUGUUUAUCUUCUAUCCUCCCUUACCAUUUUCAGAAAACAAACCCUAAAUCCUAAGCUCUAAAGUCUAAACCAUCACCAAAACCCUUCUUGUUCUUAUGGAGACUCGUAGCUCUCAAUUUUCAAAAAACAAACCCUUCUUAUUAUUCUUUCCACACUAAUUCAAGGAUUUUUAUUUAUUUAUUUUCAUGAUAGAAGAAAGAAAAUUUAAUAUUUUUUACUUAUUUUUGUAUAUUGGGUCUUGUUACAUGAAAUA